UAUCAAAUCUUACCUCAUAGGAGGAGAUUUGAGAUCCGUCAUCCUCUCAUUGCUUUGCUCACUUCUUGUUACACUGCCCCCUCCGCCUCUCAAACAUUCAUUUCUUUAUAUCCCUCUCUUCAUCAUAUCAUUCAAUGCAACAACUUCUUCUUACUCUUAUUAUUAUUCCAUUAAAAUAUAAACAAAUGUUUAGUACAACUUUUGUUUCUCACGCAAUUGCUUGCAUGGCUUUAAUGUUACUCAAUAUGUUACCUUAAAAGCAUCCCACUACGUGUCUGGUUCUUUUGUGACACAGUGUUUGCUUUUUCUUCACUCUUUACAUUCUUUUUGCUCCUAAAUGUCCAUUCAUGAGAUCUUUCAUAUUUUAGAAUCCUUUUCAUUCUAAGUGGUUUUUUUUUUUUUUCACAAUUUUUUUUAUCAUACGGGUAUUUUGCACUAAUAUUUUUUUUUCCUUUGGUAAUUUUUUUUUUCUGUGGGGAGGGUUAUGGGAAUUCUUGAUUCUUUAUUUGGAAAUGGGGGUAGAAGGUUUAUCAAGAGAAAAGAUAGUGAUGCAGGUGAAGCAGGUCGGGCACUGGAAGAACUCAGAGGUUCCCUCUACAAUGAGCUUCGAACAUCAGAAGGAGCCAAGCGUCAACAACAACGAUUCUGUGGUCCUGUUAUGGCAAUGACCUUCAAUUUCAUGGUUGCUGUUGGAAUUAUAUUGGGAAACAAACUUGUUAUGGGAAGAGUUGGAUUCAAUUUUCCGAUUUUCCUAACUUUCAUCCAUUACUGUUGUGCUUGGAUUCUACUUGCCAUCUUCAAGGCUUUUUCAUUGCUUCCAGCUGCUCCUCCUGCUAAAUCAACACCAUUUUCUUCAAUCUUUUCUUUGGGUGUUGUAAUGGCUUUUGCCUCUGGCCUUGCCAAUGCUAGUCUCAAGCAUAACAGUGUGGGUUUCUAUCAGAUGGCUAAAAUUGCUGUUACUCCAACCAUUGUCAUUGCAGAGUUCUUUCUUUUCAAGAAAACCGUAUCCUUUCACAAAGUUGUGGCUUUGGCAGUCGUGUCAGUAGGCGUUGCAGUGGCAACCGUCACAGACUUGGAAUUUAAUCUCUUUGGGGCUUGUAUUGCACUAGCAUGGAUAGUUCCAAGCGGUGUAAACAAAAUUCUUUGGUCAACUCUCCAACAACAAACUAAUUGGACUGCUCUUGCGUUGAUGUGGAGGACAACACCAGUGACAAUUUUCUUCUUGGUAGCACUGAUGCCUUGGUUAGACCCUCCAGGAGUGCUAUCCUUCAAGUGGGACGUCCACAAUUCGAGUGCUAUUCUCAUCUCAGCUUUACUUGGUUUUCUCUUGCAAUGGUCAGGUGCUUUAGCACUUGGAGCUACAUCAGCGACUUCACAUGUUGUUUUAGGACAAUUCAAGACUUGUGUGAUCCUACUAGGAGGAUAUUUCCUGUUUGGUUCAGAUCCGGGAUGGACAAGUAUAUGCGGUGCCGUUACAGCUCUUGGUGGAAUGACAGUGUACACAUCCCUCAGCAUAAAGGAAUCAAAAGAAAAGGCAAGUGACCAACUCCCAAAGCACAGUGUACCUCCUCAAAAACUCAAGAGUACUGAAGAUGAUGACAACUCCAGAUACUCACCUCCAGACAACACGCCUGUUGUCGUCUAAGCUGCAUUUUUUCCUUCUUUUUGUUGGUACAUAAGUUAGAUCUAAUUUUUGACCCACUUUAAUCUACGAUCAUCAUAAUGUGUAAAUUUCUGCACUGCAAAACAUUGCAACACACCAGCAUUAUGUCUAUUGAAAAAAAAUGCUUCAGGAUUUAGUCCAAGAUAAAUUAGACA